UGAGCAUCUCACUCAUACGCAGAUUCACGAAUUCAACGUUAUCCAAAACCCUAGGUUCCCGUUCACCUUUGUUAAUUCAGAUCUCAUGGAUUUCCACAGUCUUACCAGAAAAGAGCUUCAAUUUCUCUGCAAACUCAACAAGAUCGCUGCCAACACCAAAAAUCAUGUCAUGGCGGAUGCUCUUCGAGAUCUUGAUAAUGUUGAAGGUAUUGAGAAGUUUAUCAACGUCUCACAAUCUGAAACAGUUGAUUUGAACGAGUCCAAAGAAAACGUCGAGGUUUCUUCACCUAAAGUCCCAAUCACCAGAAACAGAACAACUACUAUGCAAAAGGUGGAAACUACCGAAGUUGAAAAUUUGAAACCAACAAACACCAGGACAACUCGCAGGACAGCUAAGAAAGUUGCCGGAGGAGGUGAAGAAGCAAAGAACGAAGCUCUGGAAACUCCAGCCCUUUCCAGCACAAGGAGGAAGGCUCUAGCAACUUCAUCUUGCCGGAGUGUUAACAAACAACUGAAUGAUUGCGAACUAGAUUCAAAAGAAGAUAAGAAGUCGCCGGAAGCGGUUGUAGCAAAGGGGCGGAGGAAGGUGGCGACGACUUCAACCACCGUGAAAAAGGAGAUUGCUGUGCAGAAAACAUAUGGCACGAGACGUUCCACUAGACAAACCGAAAAGAAAUCUGGAGAGCCUAGAGUGAGGAAGCAAAGUGAAAAGGCUAUUGAGAUCAUUGCAUUGUCGGAUGAUGAUGAUGAUUCAUCCGAUGAGGUUUCGACUGUUGAAGUUCCAGAAAGCACUUUGAAUGCAGUAAUUCCAAAUGCAGAAGUGGAAGACAUUUGUAAUGCAUUGGAGGAACUUGAUGUUGAUAUAAGCGAAGAAAAAGAAGAUUCUGGGGAAGUUGACAAUCUAAAGCUGGAAUCAGAAGAAAUCCCAAAUCCAAAUGAGGAAAACAAUUUAGAAGAAGAACUGAAUGAUGGAAAACCAGAAAUUGAUGACAUCUCAAGCCCUAUUGAAAAUGGGCAUUUAGAAGAAGAAAAACUCGGAAGUGAGGUUACGGAGUUAGAAGAACAAGAUAGCAUUCUAGAUGAUAAUGCUAAUUCAACAGGAGUUGAUGUUAUAGAAGAAGAAGAAGCAAUACAAGAGAACAUUGAGGAUUUAAAUGGGCCAGAAGAAUUGAAAGUCAAAGCCGUUUCAGAGAUGAACAAUGGUUCUUCAAUCAUGGAUAGUGAUAUGAUUCUUGAUACCUCUGAGAAUCCAAAUGAAAACGAAAGAAACGCUGAUGAAGAAAUCUCAAAUGAUAUCAAUUCAUCGGAAAACAUGGAUGAAGAAAACUCCGAUGUUAUUGCUGCCAUUGAUAGCAUCUCCCCUGUGAAGAUUGAUUUGAUAGUUCAUGAAGUUGAUGCAAAAGUAGAAGAAAAAGAAGAAGUUUGUGAAUUUGAUAAUGAAAAAUCAGAAUUGUCGGAAACCUUGGAUGUGAUCCCAACCAUCGAUAGCCUCUCCCCCAUAACAGAAGAAGAUGACGAUCAUCAGCCGGAAAUUUCCACUGAGGUGGCUGUCGAACAUUCCGGUGAAAUAUCAGACGUUUUUGAAUGUUCUUCUUCCAUCAAAGAGAAUGAUAUGCUCAAAACUCCAUCAAAUUCCACAACCAGGAGAAAAACUCCGGCGAGCACUCGGAGAAAGGUUGCUACGCCUUCAGCCACCGUGAAAAAGGAAGCUACUAUACAGAAAACUCCGGCGACAUCAUCAAUCCGGAUUGUGAACAGUCAAAUGAAAAAUCAGAACAUGGACUCGUGCACACCUGCAACGGCGGUUCCAAGCAGCCGGAGAAAUGUUUCUAAUGAAGCUACUAUCCAUAAAACUUCGGCGACUUCAUCUCGCCGGAAUGUGAACAGUCAAAUGAAAGAAGGUCAGACGAUGGGGUCGUGCACACCUGCAUCGGUUGUAGCAAGCAGUCGUAGAAUGGUUGCGACGCCGUCAACCACCGUGAAAAAGGAAGGUACCAUGCAGAAGGAAGUCAGCUCUAGAAAGUCAACAAGGUUGACUGAAAAGAAAUGUGGAGAUUCAUUAGUGAAGAAGGUGAUUGAAAAGACUGAAAAGAUUGAUUCACUGUUGGAUGAAGUGAAUGCGAUAUUCCAAGAGGUUUUCUCUGCAGAAAACGCCAUAGAUUCAGAUGCAAAAAUGGAUUCAAAUGAAACUUCAAAGCCAUGUGAAAAUGUGGAAUUUGGAGAAGAGAAACUCGAAUUGAUUCCAGAAGAACACUCUGAGAGCUUUCACGAUGAUAAUGCUGACGUGGAAUCAGAUGAAACUUCAAAGGCAUGUGAAAACGCGGAUUUUGAAGAGAAGAUACCAGAAUUCAUUCCCGAAGAACACUCGAAGAGCUUUGUUGAAGUUGAUGCUGACGUGGAAUCAGAUGUAACUUCAAAACCACGUGAAAAUCUUGAUCUUGAAGAACACUCGGAGAACUUUCUAGAAGAUAAUGCUGACGUGGAAUUAGAUGACACAUCAAAACCAUGUGAAAAUGUGGAUUUUGAAGGAUCUUCUUCCAUUCAAGAGAAAAACCAACACUCUCCAAAUCCGACAACUUUGUUUGAUCUUAUCAGCCACCCAACCCCGGCACAUUCGACCACCAGGAGGAAAACUCCGGCGACUUCAUCUCGCCGGAACGAGAAGUGUCAACUUAAAAACUGUGAUGAAGAUGCAAAAGAAGGUGAGAAGAUGGAGUGGUGCACACCCGGUAUAGCAACUGUAAGGAGCAGCCGGAGAAAGGUGGCAACACCUUCAACCACCAUGAAAAAGGAGGGUACUUUGCAGAAAGAAUUCAGCUCGAGAAGGUCAACUAGGUUGACUGAACAGAAAUCUGAAAAGUCAACAGUUAAAAACGAAAGUGAAAAAAAGGUUAUUAAGAUUGAUGAAGCCAAUGUGAAUUUCGAAGAGGUUUUGCCUUAUGAAGUUCCAGAAAACGCCAUGGAUGCAGGUAAUCCAGAUGCAAAAGUGGAAGAUGUUUGUAAUUCGUUUCAGAAGCUUGAAAUGAUUCCAUGUGAAUUGAUUCAAGAAGGAAACUCUGAGAGCAUUCUUGAUGAUGAUGCUGACGUGGAAUCAGAAGAAAUUUCAAAGCCUGGUGCAAAUUUUGAUUUAAAAGAACACUCGGAGAACAAUGUUAAUGCGUCAUCAACCAUGGUCAACGAAAAAGUUGACUCAGAUUCAUAUGAAGAAGAAAACCAAAAUUUUCAAAAUCAAUCUACCUUGAUUGUUACUAAAAUUAGUGUCCCAACUCCAAUGAAGAAGAUUGGUGGAUUUAUGUCGGAUGACAAAGAGAACAAGAUGAAGAAAGAAAAGGAUGAGAAUGUUGUUGUUAUGAAGGAGAAUUUACAAGAUGUAAGUUUGAGGCAACUAAGGAAGCAGCUCAAGGCGUUGACUUUGAAGACUUUGAAUGUGGAUAAUAAAGAAGCAAGGCCAGCACUUCAAACACUGUGUGAGAACCAACUGGUGGGUGGUGAAACCAAGAAUUGAAGAGAGAUAAAUUGUGUUGGUUUUGUGUUUAUUUGGUUUGAUAGGUAAUAUAAUUCAAGGGAGUUUUAAAAUCCUUGGAUUUGGAUCCUCAUGCUAAAUUGAUAACUUUGUAUGAGAGAGGUUAUAUAAGUAAUUGAGAUAUGUGGGUAAUUUUGGAAUCCAACAUGUAUUUUUUUAAGAGAAAUUUACAAAAAUAGUCAUUUACACUAAUGACAUUACAAAAAAAGCUCCCAUCUGCGAAAGUACAA